AUGACAACAGCCGACCGUGUCUCCGUUUCUAUCCCCGAGAUGGAUACGUUGACUGAUGCCCAAAAUGACGCCGUUACUAAGCUCCUUAGCACUGUCAGCACACACUACGGCGGUAAGUAUCCCCCGCAGUUCAUGAGAUGCCGGACCGAGGAAGAUAUGCGUAUUCUCGCGUACAAGUAUCUUAAGGCCCGCGGCUGGAACGCAGAUAACGCAAUGGAGAUGAUCACGACGACUAUGACAUUUCGUGAAGAAAAGAACGCUGACACAAUGGAUUUGUUCCCUUGUGUUUUCCCUCUCCGUGGCUACGAUGAAGAAGAUCUCUGCCGCACCUUGGAGUUAUCCUACACAGGAAAGCCUGAGGAGGCCGAGUUGUGCUACCGUGCCAUUGCCCCCUACUACUCCGCGGGAUAUCAUUACUGGGAUAAGGAGGGGCAUCCUGUCCUAUAUGACUUCUCUGGCCGUGCACGAGUUAAGGAGUUGAUGAGUUCCGCCAGCUUGGUGACACCAGUAGGAAAACAGGCGAAGGAUACAAUCACGGCAUACCACCUCUACAUGAAUCUUGUACAAGAAAGACUGGUGCAAUACGCUGAUGUGCUAAAUGUGGCGAAAGGUGGACGACGUAUCCUUGGUACAACAGUUGUUUUUGACGCGGAAGGGCUUCAUCUGGGAAUGAUAAGCUCUCAAAUUCUUGAUGUGGUGCGUGCGAUUCUACAGAUGGACCAGAAGUACUUCCCAGAGGUUCUGCAUCGACUCUUUGUGGUUAACUGUCCUGGUAUCGUGAUGCACGUCUAUGGCUUAGUAAAGGGAUCCCUUGACAAGAACACCCAGCAGAAAUUGUCAUUCUGCAGCAAGUCUCAAUCAUUGGAAGUGCUUAAAAAGGUGAUUGAUGAAGACAAAAUACCAUCGAUUUUGGGAGGCUCGUGUAAAUGUUCUGGUGGCUGCAUUCCUGGCGUCGAUGGUGAGUGCCAAGACAUACGAGAAGUGGGAAAGAUUGUACCGCUCACUCAAAACAUCUCUGUGGGCGCGGGAAAGAAGCACACCGUCGAGCUCGAGGUCCAGCCGGAGGACGAAGUCCAUUGGGAGUUCAGGUGUACAAAGGGGAAUGGUGGGCAUGCGGCGGAUAUACAUUUCGACGUGACCUUCACGGCACACGACAGCGCAGAGGAAUCGAUGGAAAGCAGCAUGGAACUGUCGAAAAAAACUUUGAAGACCACAAAGGGGGCACACCCAUGCGCGGCUUCCUCGAAGCCGGUCAAGUCUGGAAAGUUAGACACAGACUGCGAUCGAUUCUGUACCACAGAGCGUGGGGUUGUAAAGCUGGUCUGGGAUAAUUACCACUCGUGGAUACACGGUAAGCAUUUGCAGUUGCGUAUCAAUCAAUCAAACUGCUCGGCGGCUUGCUCCGUAGAAAAGUAA